CGCUGGAGGACCACCGCCGGUCGGAAAGUUGGAGCAGGACCGCUAAUCGCCUCUCUAACCUUCCCGCUUUGGGGUUCUCACGCCCUCUGCAGUUGACCCGAGAUCUGAAAAAGGCGCAAAAUGGUGGUCUCAUUUCCGGCUCUCUUGCGACCCUUCCGACUCUGUCGAUGGGACCCGACACCCUGGGCGCGGUUGGCAGGGCCUACAAAGCUGAGGACCGGUGACACAAACUCUUGGGCCCCUGCCAGGAUGGCGGUGACAGUGACGCUGGAGCCUGCAGGCCGCUGCCGCUGGGACCAGCCGGUGCGCAUCGCCGUGCGCGGCCUGGCCCCGGGGCAGCCGGUCACGCUGCGCGCGUCCUUGCGCGACGAGAAGGGCGCGCUCUUCCGAGCCCACGCGCGCUACUGCGCCGACGCCCAAGGCCAGCUGGACCUGGGGCGCGCGCCCUCGCUGGGCGGCAGCUUCACGGGCCUCGAGCCCAUGGGGCUCCUCUGGGCUCUGGAGCCCGAAAAGCCCUUGCUGCGGCUGGUGAAGCGGGACGUGCAGACGCCCUUCGCCGUGGAGCUGGAGGUGCUCGAUGGCCACGACCCGGAGGCGGGAGGGCUCCUGGGCCGGGCGGUGCACGAGCGCGACUUCCUGGCGCCGGGGGUGCGGCGCGAGCCCGUGCGCUCGGGCCGGGUGCGCGCCACGCUCUUCUUGCCGCCGGGACCUGCACCCUUUCCCGGGAUUGUGGACAUUUCUGGAACUGGACGUGGCCUUCCGGAAUAUCGAGCUAGUCUGCUGGCUGGGAAGGGUUUUGCUGUGAUGGCUUUGGCUUAUUAUAACUAUGAAGACCUCCCCAAGAGCAUAGAGAACCUCCACCUGGAGUACUUUGAAGAAGCUAUGAACUACCUGCUUAAUCACCCUCAGGUAAAGGGCCCAGGGGUAGGGCUGCUUGGGAUUUCCAAAGGAGGCGAACUCUGCCUCUCCAUGGCCUCGUUCCUGAAGGGCAUCACCGCGGCUGUCAUAAUCAAUGGCUCUGUGGCCAGUGUUGGCGGAACCUUACACUACAAGGGUGAGACACUGCCGCCUGUGGGUGUCAGCCGAAGUCGAUUCAAGGUGACCAAAGAUGGCCUGGCAGACAUUUUGGAUGUCCUGAACAGCCCUUUGGAAGGACCUGAUCAGAAGAGCUUCAUUCCUGUGGAAAGGGCUGAGUGUGCCUUCCUGUUCCUUGUGGGUCAGGAUGACCACAACUGGAAGAGUGAAUUCUAUGCUAACGAGGCCUCUAAACGCUUGCAGGCCCAUAGUAAGGCGAAGCCCCAGAUCAUCUGUUACCCAGGGGCGGGACACUACAUUGAGCCUCCUUACUUCCCCAUGUGCCGGGCUUCCCUGCACACCUUGGUGGGAAGUCCUGUCAUCUGGGGAGGGGAGCCCAGGGCUCAUGCCAGGGCCCAGGUGGAUGCUUGGCAGCAGCUCCAGACUUUCUUCCACAAACACUUGGGUGGGGAAAAGGGGACAGUCCCAGGAAUGCUGUAAUCGUUUAUCCUGGGAACAGCUGCCACAAUUAGUGUGUAUGUGUAGGUUUUUUCUUUUUAAUAAUUACUUCAGUGUUAAAGUGAACGUACCAAGAAAUUUUCAAGAUAUUUAUAAAUUACAUACUUUCUUAGUUGUUUGGGAGGAGAGUGAUUCUACAGAAAACACAACAGAUGGAGAAAGCAUGCCCUUUAAUGUCUAACAACACAUAACUGACAAGGCUUUAGCUCUGAAAGGAAAAGAGUAAUACUUGGUACACAAUUAGUGCUCAGUUAUUAUUUGAAUAAUUUAUUAUUGAUUUUGUUUAAUAAUUAAUUUAUAAAUAAAUGAUUACCUACUGUGGAAGAAAAGCAUAUAAGGUAUCAAAAAUA